AAUUAUAUGCAUUUAUUGAUUUUGCAAACCAUUUUCUUUCCUUAUGUAUUACAGAAUGAGUGCAUUAAAAUUAUGAUAUUUACAUUAUAAUUUUUUUUUAACUACGAAACAUUAAUCACGGGCGUUGCACGUUUUUAGCAGCCGGGCAAACACCACUUUGGGCACGUCUGUCCAAAACGUCAAUAACAACGUUGAUAACAAACGAGUUCCCCGACUGCGGUUUGAACUUUAUAUAAUUAAAAAUCCAUACCUUAGUAUAAUAUUUUGCUCCGUUAGCUUUUAUGGUAAUUAAACUGACAAUGGACGAUGAUGGACGUUUGGGCUUGAUAUAUUAUUUGAAUUAAUCGCGUUUAAUUGACUAAAAAUUGUUUUAACAUCAGCAGGAACGAUGAAGAAAUUCAUUAUAUCUUUACUGCUCUUCCAUAUAAUACUGCCAUUGAGUUUAUUAACAUGUAUCUGUUUAAAACAGACUGCAUUAACUGGAGUUUAUCUAUUUUUACUACUCUACCUUCCUCUAGUUAAAACGCCUACUCCAAAAAAUAUAAAUGGAAGUUCUGGAAUGUUUUUGAAAACUGUAACUUUGAUAAGUUGGCUCAUGAUAUUAAUUCAGGUUUUAUUCCAAAUUAUUCUGCUUGUGAUGCAUCCAUACGGAAAAAUUCUAGAACCAACAUGCGGCGGAGUAGAACGAAUGUUUCGUUAUAUUGGUUUAAUCGAGUUAUCUAAACUACAAUUGAUAGACAUAUUAUAUUUCUACUUGCCAGAAUUGAUAAUGGUUUGUGCAUCUACUAUUAUACAACGCAUGUUAAUUAAGAUUAAUGUUGAAGAAGAUGCAUCAAAUACUUUUACGGAAAUCACAGAUCCUGAAUCAAGAGCAACUACAUGGCAACAGACAAGUUCUAUCUCUAUUGCUAUUUCUAUUGGAAAAUAUCUUUGUUUGGUGAUUAUUUGUCUUGCCGGAGUUGCUGUGCCAUCAAUUAUUAGUGCAUUUUACUAUAUAACAUUUUUGGGAAUAAUGACUUGGUGGUCUUGUUACCAUCCUAUAAGUCGUGGAUUUGCUUAUUUAUUUCGUUUUGUUUGUUUGGUCGCUUGUAUACAUGUAUCUAUUCUUUUUGUAUAUCAAAUGGAGUGGGCUCAAAUUCUUUUACCUCCAGAAUCGCCAUUUGCAAGAUAUUAUGGUCUCAUUGCUAUCAGAAAAACAUUCUGUAAGAAUAAUACUGUUAUAGUCAAAUUUAUGGACUGUGAAUGGCCUAUGUAUGCAUUUCCUUUAAUCUUGGUUGUUACACAUUAUCUCUUAUGGUUUGAAUCACUUCUUAUACUAAACAACCCGGAUUUAGAAACAAAGGAACCAUUAGGAAUGACUCGGCAAGUAACAGUUCGUUUAUCUCAAAAAGGUCCCAAUAGCUAUUUCUUUCGAAAUAAAACAAAUCGGUGGCGUGCUGCCACUCGCAAAGUUUGCAUGCACGCUUCUACAGAACAUUCUGCGGAUCAUACUCAUCCAACAGAAAAUACGCCUUUAAUUCGUGGCCAAAAACCUAUGUAUACUACUAGUCCAACGACAACUGACAGUCCAUCUUGUAGUAUGGUAGAAAGUGAAGUCCAAAAACCUAAUACUCAACAAGAAGGAUAUCAUGAUGAUAGAGAAUAUAAAUCAAAUAUAUUCUAUUAUUUGAUGGAUGUCCUAAGUACUGUGUCACAAUUUAUCACCCGCACAUCAUAUAUUGGCACUAAUAUAGUAAUGAUGGCUUGGAGUAUUACAUAUCACAGUUGGUUAACAUUUGUUCUGCUCUUAUGGGCUAGUGUUUCUUGGAUGGUUCCUCAACAAAGAAAAACAAUGUUAAGAUCAUCGCCAUUUUUAGUGUUCUAUGCAGAGUUUUUACUGCUAUCACAAUUUUUGUAUGGAAUGAAUUUAAAUGACUCUGAAUUACCUCAAACCAUUCAAGAUUGGAAUUUAGAACAAAUUGGCUUUACCAAAGUUCGUCAUUUCCCUUGCAAACCUUUAAUCAUAAAGACACUAUUUACAACGAUGUUCUGGAUAACAAUGAGACAAUAUAUGCAAGAAAGGAGGGAAGCUAGAAGCCAUUCUGCUGUAGCUAAUAUGAUUGCUCCCCUUCAAGUUACAGUGGGAACAGCAACAGCUAUGGGAGGUGAUUCAGGUACAAAAGGUAGUCAAUUAAUGCAGAGACUUGGCGAAGAAGCUAAGAUAAUCCUAACCAAAUUUUGGAUAUGGGUUGUGGCAUUUGUGUUAUUUGGAAUUGGCAUAACUGGCGAACGGAUGACAAUAUUCCGAAUAAUUUAUAUGGCACUGGCAUUAAUAUUUUUAUUAACAUUCCAAUUGUCUUGGGUUUUAUGGAGGAAAAUUAUGUAUGGAUUUUGGCUUACAGUCAUAAUUUAUUCAAUGCUGAUAUUAGUUAUGACAUACACAUAUCAAUUUGAUAAUUUUCCAUAUUAUUGGGAAAAGUAUCUAAAAAUUCCACCCACAUUACAAUUAGAUAUAGGUUUGGAAAAGUUUGAAACUGGUGAGCUGUUUGUACGACUUUUGACACCAACAUUUUUUGUUAUCAUAACUGUUGUUCAACUUUACUAUUUUCAUAAAGAUUUUUUGGCUAUAUCUGAUAUUAAGAGCCGAGGUACUAGUAUUGUUAAGCCAUCAAACCCAGACGAUUCUUCAGCUUCAAAUAGUGAUAAAGAUUCAUCAAAUUCCAGCAUUUCACUUACAGAUAAUAAAUACCAAAAACAUCCUCCACGUCCAAGUUUUAUAUCUGAGAGAAAAUCUUUUAAAGUCUUCAAAAAUUUACCAAAGGUCAAAUUACGCUCAUUUUUUAAGAUGCUUAAAUCAAUUUUGUCAUAUAUAAUUGAGCUAGCAUGGCUAUAUGCUGAAUUACACAUGAUAAAAAUCAUAUUAUUGUGUGUCAUGUUUUUGGCUGUAUAUGAGGUGUGUUUGCUACAUUUUGUAUUGGUUGUAUUAGUGACUAUUUCAUUAGUAUUUAAUAGUCGUAUACAGUCAAUUAUUGUGUAUAUCAUAUCUGUUUAUGUAUCUAUAUUAUUACUUACCAAGAUGAUUUACCAAAUUGAAUAUAUACGAGAAGGUACAUGGAAUGUCACAUGUCCAGACCCUCAAGAUAUAGGUAAAACUAAAGAUUAUAAUACUGCCAAUUGGGUUGGAUUUACAAAGUCUACAGCUAAUAUUUCUUUACUCAAUUUACUUAAAGGAUAUAUUUCUAUAGUUUUUGUCAUAACAUUGCAUAGAGUUGUUAUAACUCGGCAAAAAUACAAGAGACAUUUAAAAGGUAGACCACUAUCAAAGCCUUUAAGAAUGUUUCCCGGUAUUACUUUUAAAGAUGUUGAUCAUGACAUACCUCAUUGUUUGAAGUAUUUAUUGAAUUUUGGAUUUUAUCGAUUUGGUGUAGAGAUAACUCUUAUUGCUGUAGCAGUACUAGUUGGAACAAGAAUGGAUUUUUAUGCUGUACUUUAUGCAUUAUGGUUAAUGACUUUUGUAAUGUUAUCGAGGGCAACUUUAGCAAAAGUAUGGAUAAUUUUUAUGUUUUUUGUUGUUAUUACCAUACCAUUGCAAUAUGCUAUUGUCAUUGGACUACCUCCAGAUCUUUGUUUAGAGUGGCCAUGGGAUGAAAAUGAAAUAAUGAAGAAUUUCCGUGACUGGAUGUUCUUACCAGACCCCGAUUCGCCUCCAGAUGCAUACAAAUUACUAUGUGAUUUUAUUGUAUUAUUGUUUGUGUCUCGUCAAUCUAUUGUCUUCAAAAUAGAAAGAAGACAUAUAGAUGUGGAAUAUCCAGGAGGAACAAAUCGUUCAAUUAUUGAAGAAGCUGAAAAACCCAGUUUUAUAAAUCCAGUGCCUGACUUUGUAUCUCAUAUAAGAUCAUGGCUUGAUAUAUUAAAACGCAUUGUUCUCAUUGGAUUUAUUUGGUUCACAUUAGCCAUUGUAUUUUUGGCUGGUACCAAUAGAGUUAAUCUAUUUUCUCUUGGAUAUUUAAUAGGUUCAUUUAUAUUUUUAUGGCAAGGCAAUGAUUAUUAUCUUCGACCAGUAAAUGUUAUUCUAAAAUGGUGGAAUAAGUUAAUACUGUACAAUAUAACUGUUAUUACUUUGAAAGCUAUACUCCAAAUACCUGGUUGUAUUUUUAUGGAUUACAUGAAAAUGAAAGCUUGUUGGAUGAUACAACUAUUUGGUAUUUCUUGUAUACAAAAGUUUUCUACUAACCAUCCAGCUAUAACAUCAUCAGACAACGAUGAUUGUGAGAUACCUAUUGAACAUGUUGGUUUAGCAUGGGAUAUUUUAUGUUUUGGAUUUUUAAUCUUUCAAAGACGUCUUUUCAAUAGUCAUUAUUUCUUUAGAAUCGUGGAUGAAACAAAAGCAAUGGCUAUAUUAGCCUCCAGAGGUGCUGAAUUAAUUCAAGAGCUUUCACAAAAACGAAUCCAAGAACAGCACGAAUCAGAACGAAAGGUCUUAGAAAAAAUCAAAUCAAAAAUGGAUCGAAUCAAAGCUACUCAAAAGAAAAUUCAAGGUUUUGGAAUCAAGGAACCAGAAUCUCACGAAAAAGCCGAGGAAACCGCGUUCGCCCCGCUGGCCCGCGAUCUGUCUGGGAGUUCGAUCGUUCAAAGUUUUCACACGCCGCUCGAAGACGAACCGCCCACGUUGUCGUACUUGCAACCGCCGACGCCCACGUCCACCGUUCUGACCGUGUCGCUGGACGGUUACCUGGACCCGCAGCGAAUGUCGUUCAGCAGCACUGCGCACCGGCGACCGCUGUCGUUCGACGAGAGCGCCAUUUAUAGUGGCGUGUUCUCGCCACCUCCGACGAUCGCGCAACACCGACGGCAGUCCUCGUUGGGCGUACCGUCCACCUGGUACCCGCGCAAGCGGUCGGCUUCGGCGACGUCUCAUCAUACUUCUAUUCGUUCAGGUGAUUAUUACAUGUUUGAUGAAUUUGAUGAUGAAUUAGAUUCAAUUGUAGAAAAAGAUAAUGAAUUAAGUGAUGAUUCACUGGAAGAUUCAGACAAAACUGAUACAGACCAAUUUGUGUUUAAGAAAAAGAAAGAAAUGGAUAAGUCAAUUGUUGGUGAAACAAGUAAACUAGCCAUGGGUGAUGGUGAGGAUUUAAGAGAAGACACUCAAGAUGGAGAUAAGUUGAAAUCAUUCAGUAAGAAAAUUAGAGAGAAUAUUAAUCUGUUCAUGACUUUUGUCAAUAGUUCAACAAAAACAUUGACAAGGAAAUUAAAUAAAAUUUCUCGAGAUUAUAGAUAUGUUAUCAGGACACUAGCAGUUGAAAAGAAAACAUUAAAACAAAAUCGUGGAUUUGGAAUUGGUCUAAGAACAGGUUCAUCAAUGAUUUGGCAGCCUAUGCCAUUUGUUGGUAAAAGUGUAACAUUAAGUGCUGAAAAGUUAGAAGAACUAGAAGAACAACAAGAAUUAAAUGCUUCCAAUCAGCCUCAGCUUAUGCGUCUUAUCCUGGCUCUUUGGUUUGCAAUCAUAUCCCACUCUGAUUUGGUGUGUUAUUUUAUGAUUUUCUUACAUCAGAUUAAAUCUGCUACCAUUUUAAGUUUGCCACUGCCAUUGAUGGUUUUUCUUUGGGGUACACUCACUGUUCCUAGGCCAACAAAGAAUUUUUGGGUCACUCUUAUCGCAUACACUGAAGUAAUUGUUGUCAUUAAAUGCAUGUUCCAAUUUGAUAUGAUCCCGUGGAAUCAACAAGUUGUUACUGACAACAUGCCAUUCUUCCUACCAAGAAUUAUUGGUAUUGAGAAGAAACCAAAUUAUGCCACAUAUGAUUUAUUCUUACUACUUGUUUUGUUCUUCCACCGAACUAUGUUAAAAUCGUUGGGACUUUGGAAAAGUUCACUGUCAUUUAAAGGAACACCUAUUAACCAAAUAUCUUUGUUUGACACAAUCGACACUCGAUGUUCAAUGGGCUCUGAGGGUUAUCAAGGAUCUGUAGACAACGAUCCAAGUACUGAACAAACAACUGUUGUGUUGGCUCCAGAAUUCUUGCAAUCUAGUAACAAGGAUGUACAAUUAAUACAAAAAUCAUAUGAACAAUCAUUUGAUAAAUCAAACUCAGUAGAGACUGACAAUCUCUUAGAAAUAAUGCCAUUGUCUCUCAAAAAACAUUGUAGUCCUUUAGUGUCUUUCUUCGAACAAUUAAUAGACUCAAGUUCAAGAGUCAACGCUGAUGUUUAUACUUAUAUGUUUUUGUGUGAUUUUUUCAAUAUAUUUGUUGUUGUUUUUGGAUUCUCAGCUUUUGGGUCUCAAAGUGAUGGUGGUGUGUCUCAAUAUUUUGAAGAAAAUAAAGUACCUGUUCCAUUUCUAAUUAUGUUAACUCUUCAAUUUGCGUUAAUUACUGUUGAUCGGUUGCUUUAUUUAAGAAAGUAUAUCUUGGGAAAGAUACUAUUCCAGUUUGUAUUAAUAAUUGGUUCUCAUAUAUGGAUGUUUUUCAUAUUACCCGGAGUUACGGAAAGACAAUUUAAUGCUGUACUUCCACCUCAACUUUGGUAUAUGGUAAAAUGUUUUUACUUGUUACUGUCUGCAUAUCAAAUUAGAAGUGGAUAUCCAACAAGAAUUCUAGGGAACGUUCUAUGUAAAAAUUACAAUUAUAUUAACAUGAUUUUAUUCAAACUUUUUAUGUUAUGCCCAUUUGUAUUUGAACUGAGAACAAUAAUGGACUGGGUAUGGACUGAAACAUCAAUGACAUUACCAGAUUGGCUUAAAAUGGAGGACAUUUUUGCACAUAUUUUCCAACUAAAAUGUUCAAGGCGUGUGGAAAAUGAAUACCCAAAUCCUAGGGGAAUUAAAGUUAAACCAGCUAAAAAAUAUUUGAUUGGAGGUGGAACCUUGAUCUGUUUAGUGACUGCUAUUUCGUUUCCGCUAGUGUUAUUUGCUCUUGGGAAUACAGUAGGAGAACCUAAUUUACCUGAAGGUAUCAAUCUAAAUGUUAAACUUGGAUCAAACCAACCAAUAUAUACCAUGACUAUUGAAGGAACAAUUCAGAAGUUUGAUGAAUCCGACUGGUACUCAAUGAUAAAUGUUUAUAAAAAGUCUAGAUCAGCACAAACAUUCUUAUCAAACUAUGACUAUGAAGAUGUUGGUGUAUUUUACAUAACAACGCAUUCAGCAAAUACAUGGUCAAUUAGUCCACCUGAAUUGGAAAGCAUGAUACAACAAUUGAGUGAACCUAAUGCCUCUUAUACAGUUAAAACUGAUUGGGUUAUUAAUCGUAAGAAUGCUUAUGGGGAACAACCAAAAGAUGUUAAAGAUAGUCACGAAAUUACUAUUAAUCAAACUACUUGUGCAGAACUGGCUAAUCUCAUUACUAAUAAAAACCACAGUGUUAUGUUAUAUGGUUUAAUACCCAAGUUUAUUAAGGUCACUGGAUUUGGAGGGGCAAAAGCUGUGUCACAACUCAUGAUCAGUAAUGAAACUGAGCCAUAUAUGAAUGCUAGUGUGUUUUUAAAUAGUAACAAUAAUAACAAUGAUAGUGAAAAAUGGUGGGACUUGUAUGAAGAAUGUCCUAAUGAAAGCUCGGCUCGAUAUUUAUACGAUUUGCCAAAAAGCUCAUGUAUUCCUGGUGGUAACAAACGUAACUUUACAAUAUAUACAUUUAACGACAAAGCAUUUCCUGAAACAUUGAACAUCAUUAGUGGAAAAGGGAUUAUUGGACUGUAUACAACAUUUGUUAUUGUUGUUCAUACAUUUGUUCGAGGAUUUUUCACUGGUAUAUCAACCAAAAUCAUGUUUGAUGACAUGCCAUAUGUGGAUAGAAUCUUACAACUGUGCUUAGAUAUUUAUCUGGUUAGAGAAAGUGGUGAAUUAGAUUUGGAAGAAGACCUAUUCGCUAAACUAGUAUUCUUGUAUCGGUCACCUGAAACAUUAAUUAAGUGGACUCGACCUCCUGACACAACAUCAAAUGAAGAUCCUGAUGAUGCUCUCCCUGAACUCUCUGCAUAAUCUCAUAAUAUAAUGUAAUGUUAAAAUCAAAGCUAGUGACCUUGUAUUGGUUGCCUGUAACAUGACUUGAUAAACCUUAUACAGUAUAAAACUAAGGUCACGACGGCGCUCUCCAAGAACUCUCACUUAAUCUCAUUUAAUGUAAUACUAAAUAUUAUAUAAUAUAAUAUUUUUAUAUCUCAAAGCUCUCACACAUCACUGUUAUUACUCUAUUAUAUCAAUUGGCAUAUUAUAAUUAAUAUCUACACGCUAAGUAUCAUUUUUACAUGAUAUCUAUGUAAUGUGAAUAUUUUUUUUUCGCACUUCUUUAUCUGUGCUUAACUAUUUUAAGGUUUUUAUUUCCUUCACAUAAUUAUGUCUAUUAUUAUUUUUUUUUUGUUUUUGUAAUUUGUUAUUUUUUAUAUACACUAUUAAGAUUUUUUGAUCAAUAACAACCUUUGUGCAUUUUAAGAAAGCAAUAAGUAACUUAAUUAAAUAUUGCAAAUUAAUAUUAGUAUAUUAAUAUAUUGUUUCCAUAAGUUGAUUAGCAUAAUUUUAUAUUUUUCACUUACAAAACUUACAAUCAUAUAUUUAUUGUAACACAGUUUAGAUAUUGUGAAUUAUUUUUAUUCGCCUACACAAUUGUUGCAAUUAUAUCAUCAUUUUAUGUUUA